AUUAAUGGUGAGUCUACUAAUUCUACAUUGGAUUAUAGUCGAGUCAAUGAAGAGUCUAUGUUGAGUCAUAGUCUAGAUGAUGUAGUAUCUACAUUAAGUUAUAAUCGAGUCAAUGUAGAGUCUAAGAUCAAACUAGAAUGA